AUGAUCAACCCAUCGGACCCCCCACAACAACCGCUGGUUGCGAUGGGAUCGACAACCCCCAACCUCCUACCCAUCCCUUCAGCCUACACACGAUUCAUUGACCAUACGACGUGGGGCGACGUCGACGAAGUCUUCACAGGCCAGUCGGAGCCCAAGAAACUCGGCUCAUACAUCGCCUACGCCAUCGCCCAGUGGGAACACGACGGAUUGGUCAGUCGAGAUCUCUGGCGCCACUUCGUCCGAGAUUUUCACAGAUGGACCGACGAUGUGUUUCAUGCUGCAGGGAAUGUCAUGAAGGAGAGCUUGAGAGAUACCCUCCGCGAGCGAGGUGUGUACGUGGCCAAGAACCAAGAAAACAUUGCCACCAACUUCUUCGCAUGCCUCGAACACCAAGAAUACCACGAAUGGUCACUCGAUGAGGUAGAGGAAGUCGCUAAAGACGCCUCAAAGUUCAAGAUCGCCAUCCAGGAUGACGACUUCCUGGGCGACAUCACAGGAACGAAUAGUAUCUUCACGAAGGUGCCGCAGCCACGGGCUGAUCGCCGAGAUACCAUGACCCGAGUCCGGGACCACCGACAGGAGGCUGUCGACCACGCCAAGCACAUGGAGGAGAUGCUUGAGGACACAACUGACCGACUGCGACGUCAGAGACUGGUGUCAACAGCGCGCGAUAUACCCCCAGCCUCGAUCAAGAAACACACCUAUGUGGAUAGUCGACCUCGACGGUCGGCGAGGUUCACUGUGAACGAUGUCGAUGAUGAUGAGUACAUCCUCAGCGCCGACGAAGAUGUCCACGACGGUCACUUCGAUCGGAACGCCACUCGGCGCCGAAGAGACUCCCCACGCCCGUCGCUGCCAGCAAUGACUGCCACCCGCAACGACGAUGAAGAUCGACUGCAGUCAAGGCAAUUCGGAGAUCUCGCCCGUAUCCUCAACACCGACAAGAUGAAGUACGGAGGAGACAUGUAUGACGUCUUCGAUAUGAAGGUCGCAGUGUUCUUCGACGCCUGCUCAAAGGUCGACAUCAAGCCGCAGCAUUACGCCCUUGCCUUUUCGUUGAUGCUUCGCGGCAAGGCUGCCGACUUCUACUAUCGACGCAUCUGCAAGCCUGGUAUCAAGGAUUUCACAACCAUGAUGAACAUGGUCCGGGACCACUUCGAGACCCCUCAGAUGAAGCAGUCCUACAUCUCCGAAUGGCACGAUACCACCUUCCCGCACAUAAGCGAGAAGAACCCAGACAAGUCGAAGGCUGAGAUCCUUGAGAUCCUCAUCGAGCGACUUGAGGUCAUUCAGACGGCACUCCCAGACAGCAUGCAGAAUGACGAGGCAAUGAAGAUGCAGCUCCUCAAUGCUUGCGCCGGAAUCGAGGAGUGCAAUCUCUAUCUUUACAAUCCGGCCCCAACACUUGAGGGGGUCUGCUCACAGCUUCGGUCAUCGAUCGCGAUCGCGAUGCAUGUUGUCCCUCAUCGACAAUACACAUCCGAGGGGAACGACCAGCACGUCACCGAUCGACAAUACCGCGGCUCCGGCAGAGACAACCGCUUCGGGAGAAGAGGGCAUUCACAAGGCAAUUCGUCUUCGGGCAACAGUCGCGACCGAGGCCCUCCGACCGACAAAAAGUGCUACGUCUGCCACAAGCACGGUUGUUACUCUACGUGUCACACGGCAGAAGAACAAAGUGAGGCCUACGCGAAGUUCAAAAGCAACAAGUACGUGAAGGAUUCGUCGAAAAACACCUACAUGUCCUUCCUUGCCAGCUACGAAGGGUGCGAUUACAACAACUCCAGCGACGAGGAUAUUCGUCACUACUGUCAGAUUCGGCGACGAGUCGGACCUCGAUGA